ACUUCUAUUCCUUCCUAGUGAACCUUAGCCCCCAAUUCACACGUCCAUGUUAUUUUCAAGCGUACCAUUUACCACAAAAACAAACAUUUUCACGCGGAUUCAUACUGUACUAAAGCAACAUUUUUAAAAUAUAAAUUAAGGAGGACAAUAUAUCAAUUUUCUUAUUACAUAUACUUUUGUUUUAUAUCGAUAAAUUAUAGCUCAAAACAAGCACUAGAAUAUUGUUUUCUACUUCUAAUACACAUUCACUAGCUAAUUGCAAAAUGAGGACAUAUAUCAUGUUUCUUCUCUAUUUUGCUACGUUGUCAACAACAGUUGCUCUUGCUUUGAGUUUGAGUUCAGUGACUGACAAACAUGCUUUGCUUUCUUUGAAAGUAAAGCUUACUAAUGGUGAACCUGAUUAUCUUCCAUCAUGGAAUGAAUCUCUUCAUUUUUGUGAAUGGGAGGGUGUUACAUGUGGUCGACGCCACAUGAGAGUCUUUGUCUUGCAGUUGGAAAAUCAAAAUUUGGGCGGUACUCUUGAACCGGCCUUGGGAAAUUUAACAUUUCUCAAAAAACUCAAACUUUCCAACAUCAAUUUGCAUGGUGAAAUUCCAAGAGAAGUUGGUCGUUUGAAAAGGUUGCAAGUUCUUGACUUGAGCAAGAACAAGUUUCAUGGUAAGAUUCCUAUUGAACUAAGCAAUUGUACCAAUAUUAAGGAAAUUAUCUUGUUGUACAAUCAGCUCACUGGACAUAUUCCAUCAUGGUUUGGUUCUAUGAUGCAGCUUAAUAAGUUGCUUCUUGGAGCAAAUAAUUUAGUGGGUACUAUUCCACCUUCUCUAGGAAAUAUUUCAUCACUCCAAAACAUAACACUUGCAAGAAAUCAAUUGGAAGGAAGCAUACCUCGUGUCUUGGGUAAGUUGUCAAAUUUGAAAGACCUAAAUUUGGGUUCAAAUAACUUUUCUGGAGAAAUUCCUUAUUCUCUUUACAAUCUGUCAAAUAUUCAAGUUUUUGUCCUUGGAGAAAACCAGUUUUCCGGUUAUCUUCCAUCAAAUAUACAUGUUGCUUUCCCCAGCCUUCGAGCCUUCUUGGUCGGAGGGAACCACUUUGUCGGAACUUUUCCAUGUUCAAUAUCCAACCUCACUAAAUUGCGAUGGUUUGAUAUAUCAUGGAAUGGUUUUAAUGGGCUAAUACCUCCAACUUUGGGAUCCUUAAGCAAACUUCACAGGUUUCACAUUGGAAAUAAUAAUUUUGGGAAUGGAGGAGCUCCCGAUUUGGAUUUCCUUUACUCGCUAACCAAUUGUACAGUAUUGCAAGAACUAAUGUUGGAUGACAAUAGAUUUGGUGGCGUAUUGCAAGAGCGUAUAGGCAACUUUUCCAACCAUCUCACUUUUCUUAGUAUGGCAAGUAACCAAAUAUCUGGAAGAAUACCAGAAGGAAUUGGACAACUGAUAGGUCUAACAGGUUUUAUCAUGAGCAAAAAUUUCCUUGAGGGAACAAUUCCAUAUUCUAUUGGAAUGUUGAAGAAUAUAGUAGUAUUGGUCUUACAAGAAAAUAAUUUAUUUGGUAACAUCCCUAUUGUAAUUGGCAAUCUUACUGUGUUGUCUGAUCUUUACUUGCAUUCCAAUGAAUUAGAAGGAAGCAUUCCAUUUACUCUUAGAUAUUGCACAAAGUUGCAAUCAUUUGGUGCUUCUGACAACAACUUGAGUGGCAAUAUACCUAAUCAAACAUUUUCCUAUCUAAAAGAUUUAAUAAAUCUUGACUUGUCCAAUAACUCGUUAACCGGUCUCAUUCCUUCAGAUUUUGGUAACUUGAAGCAAUUUUCCGUAUUGUAUCUGUAUGCAAACAAGUUGUCAGGUGAAAUUCCUGAUGCACUUGCUGCUUGUUUGACACUAACAGAGCUUGUGUUGCAGAGAAACUUUUUUCAUGGAAGUAUACCUUCCUUUUUGGCCUCCUCAUUAAGAUCACUUGAAAUCCUAGACCUUUCUAGCAAUAAUUUCUCAAGCAUAAUCCCAUUUGAACUAGAAAAUCUAACAUAUUUGUAUAAGUUGAACUUAUCAUUUAACAAUCUCUAUGGUGAGGUUCCCUUAGGAGGUGUCUUUAGCAAUGUCACAACAAUUUCACUAACUGGAAAUAAGAAUCUUUGUGGAGGGAUACCUCAAUUGAAGCUUCCUAAAUGUUUUAGGGCGCCUUCCAAGAAACACAAAAAAUCUCUCAAAAAGAAACUUAUCCUCAUUAGUGUAAUUGGUGGGAUUUUGUUCUCUUUCAUAGCUUUUAUAACUGUCCAUUUCCUUACGAGAAAAACCAAAAGGUUACCUUCUUCACCAUCUUUGCAAAACGGGAACUUGAGGGUUACUUAUGGUGAAUUACAUGAAGCAACCAAUGGUUUUUCUUCAUCUAACUUGGUAGGAGCAGGAAGCUUUGGAUCUGUUUACAAAGGAUCACUUCUCCACUUUGAAAGACCUAUCGUUGUAAAGGUGUUGAAUCUUCAAACACGUGGAGCAGCAAAGAGUUUCAUGGCAGAAUGCAAAGCUCUAGCAAAUAUGAAGCACCGGAAUCUUGUCAAGGUCCUAACUUGUUGUUCAAGUGUUGAUUAUAAUGGUGAAGACUUUAAAGCUAUAGUUUUCGAGUUCAUGCCUAAUGGGAGUCUAGAAAAGUUAUUGUAUGAUAGUGAAGGGUCUGGCAAUCAUAAUCUCAGCUUCAAACAAAGGGUAGACAUUGCUAUUGAUGUAGCUCAUGCACUUGAUUAUCUACACGAUGAUACAGAGCAAGCCGUAGUUCACUGUGAUAUUAAGCCAAGCAAUGUUCUUCUUGAUGAUGACUUUGUAGCCCACUUGGGAGACUUUGGCUUAGCAAGGCUCAUUCAUGGAGGGAUAGGACAUUCAAAUAAUGAUCAAGUUAGUUCCUCCACAAUAAUUAAGGGAACUAUAGGAUAUGUUCCUCCUGAGUAUGGAGCAGGUGGUCCAGUAUCACCAGAGGGAGAUAUCUACAGUUAUGGGAUUCUGUUGUUGGAAAUGCUCACUGGAAAGAAGCCAACAAAUAACAUGUUUUAUGAGAAUCUAAGUCUACAUAAAUUUUGUAAGAUGAAAAUUUCAGAAGACAUUCUUGACAUAGUGGAUUCAUGUUUGCUUAUUCCAUUUGCCGAAGAUCAGACACGGGUUGUCGAAAACAAUAUUAAACAGUGUCUAAUGAUGUUUGCUGAAACUGGAGUUGCAUGUUCUGAAGAAUUUCCUUCUCAAAGAAUGCUCAUAAAAGAUGUUAUAUUGAAGUUGCUUGCAAUUAAACAGAAGUUGUCUUGCUAAGCACUAUGUCUUACUAAUGGUGUUCCCGUAUGUAUGCUAGACAAGUCUUGUAGUCCUCACGUGUGUUUUUAUUUUACUGUGAUAUAUAUGUAGUGGGAUAAUAAUUUGUGUUUGUAUUUGGUUGCAUUAUAUUAUACAUAUGGUAUUGUAUUAAAAUGUCAUUUGGUAUACAAGAGAUUGUGAGGGAACUUUGGUUCAAGAAA